CUGACUGGCAGGGGCCCUCCUGCCAGCUGGCGGCUGCUCUUACUUGGCUCAAUGUGCUGCAGAGGAGCUGGCUAGAGCACAAGGGUGCUCCAGUGUGGGGCUAGCUGGCAGGCAGCCCCCACACUGACACAUCCGCAUGCCCUAGCCAGCUGUGUCAGCAUCUACACGUAUGCUGCUGCAGAGUAAAAAGCUCCUCAGCAGGAUAGUACUUGGAUUUACAAGUACUACCCUGCUGCAAAGUGUAUUAGUUUACUCCAACCUAAUAGCCCUGCCUGUAGAGGCACUGAGAUGUUUCCUGUGAAGCUAAUUAGUCUACUGUGCAGUAAAUGUCUUAUGUAGAUGCACCUGGGAACAGGUAUUAGCUGAAUGAUUACAGGGAACAGGUACGGGCUGUUUCCUCUGUCUACUCCAGUACAGGUACAGUGGAGCUCAAUGUCACUUUAAAUCUGAAUGAAACCUGCUUUAGGUUACAGAAGUUUAACUCCCACUUAGAAGGCAAUAGAGAGCAAGCAGAUAAAACAGUUACAAUGGAUCAGCUAUGAAGUGCUAUAAUUUUGAAGUGCUUUAACUCUUUGUCUGCAUCCUGGGUUUGACAAUCUCAUGGUUGACCACAGAAUCCUAGAGAACCCUCAGUAUUAUACUAAGCCAAAAUAGCAUGUAGCCUUAAAAGAAAACUCUCUUAUUUUUCACACCUCAGUUGAUUUUUGCAAAGGGAAACAUUAAAAAAAGGGAAAAUCUUUUCAUACUGCUUUCCUGCAGGCUUUGCACAUAAUCAGAUUUUUAAGCAACUGAAAGAAAACAGCACAUUACACAGCCAUGCAUCAUUCUCAGGCUGUUUAACCAAUACAAUCAAAUUAAAAUGAGAAAAUGUUUGUCUGGUCUAUAUAUGCUUUUUUGCUUUGGUUUUGUUUAAUUUAAAGGAGCCUUCUGAUCCAGUGAUCAGGUUCUCAGGAUCUGCUUGUUUCUGUUGACUGUCAGCGCAGCUGCCCUUUGUCAGCCUAAUCAGGCCAGGCUAGGGAAACACAGCUGUUUCCUUAAUGACUCCUGGGGGUCACACCUUUGCUCAAGUUUCAAGGAUUGCUAUUGAUAAAAUGGAGGAGGGAUAGAUACACUGUCUUGUAUCGAGUAUCUCUUGGAGUUUUGUAGAAUAUGAACCUUCUGAUCAUGUUGCUUACAUUUUUGUGACUCAAGUUCCCCCAGAUUCAGGCUUUCUUUACUAAUUUUUGUCAUCAGAAAGAAAGAUCUAUCAAGCCCAUCACUGCAGAUCCCGAAUGCCUCAUCAAAAAUAGGGCUUCACUCAGCUCCACCUCUUUCAGCUUUAUCCCCUCAAUUUGCCCUGGCGACAUUGAAGGAGGAGGAAGGUGAGGAGGAAACCUCUGGAGAGGAGGUCACCCCAUGCACAGAAUGGGCUGAAGGAGGCAAGCUGACCUGGAAGAAGAGAUGCUGGGUACUUGUCAUAGGUGACUCCAUCCUGAGAGGAACAGAGGGUUCCAUCUGUCGCCAGGAUCCCAAGACACAGGAGGUCUACUGUCUGCCCGGAGCGUGGAUUCAGGACAUGACAGAGAUGAUCCUGGCCCUCAUCCGGCCCACUGAUUACUACUCCAUGGUCUUAAUCCAUGUGGGCACUAAUGAUACAGCCAGGAGCAGUCCAGAUCACCUGAUGAAGGACUACCAAACUUUGGGGGGCAAGCUGAAGGAGAUAGGGGCACAGGUGGUCUUCUCGUCGGUCCUUCCAGUGAGCUGACGUGGAAGACACCAUGAAACUUGCAUCUGGGAUGUCAACUUGCGGCUUCGGGAAUGGUGUCUCGAGGCAGGCUUUGGCUUUCUGGACCACAACCCAUACUUCAGGACAAGAGGCAUGCUCGGGUGGGAUGGGCUUCGCCUCUCCCCCAAAGGUAGGCAUGUGUUCUCUUUCAGGCUGGCUGAUCUCCUCCGAUGGGCUUUAAACUAGGUUCACCAGGGGAAGGGGAAGAUGGAGGGAGCCACAGAACACCAAACCAAAAGACACCCACAAGAACAGCCCAGUCAAGACAGGCGACGAGCACAAGAAGUACCCAGGUAAGGGACAGGGGCCUAGAUAGUCCUGGGAUUGGCGGGGCGGUGCACACCCCCUCAGGAGGCCUUAAAUGCCUCUACACUAAUGCUCAUAGUAUGGAGAACAAGCAGGAGGAACUUGCCUUCCUGUUAGCUAACACCAACCCAUACAUAGUGGAGCUCACUGAAACUUGGUGGGAUCCAACGCAUGACUGGGUGGUAAACAUCAAGGGCUACUGGCUGUAUAGGCAGGAUAGAAAGGGGAGGAAAGGUGGGGAUGUGGCGCUGUACGUCAAAGAGCAAUACACGUCCUCAGCAAACAGCAUCAGGCCUGAGGUAGGGCAGACUGAGGUGCUCUGGGUCAGAAUACAAGGGGGUCAGGAGGAAAGGGACUUAACGGUGGGUGUCUACUACAGGCCACCCAACCAGGGGGAAGAGCUGGACCAGGAAUUCUCAGGUCAGCUUGCGAACGCGGUCAUCAUGGGGGACCUAAACUACCUGGACAUCUGCUGGGAAGAGCAGUCAGCCAGGUCUGACUGCUCACAUAGGUUCCUAGCCGAGUUACAGAACCUCCACCUAACCCAGGAGGUGCACAGUCCCACUAGGGGGAAUGCAUUAUUGGACCUGGUCCUGGCCACAGGUGACGACCUGCUGAGUAGAUUGCAGGUUCGCGACCACCUGGGGGAUAGCGAUCAUCGCCUGCUGGAAUUCACCAUCCAGCGCAGGGUGUCAAAGGCCUGCAGCAAGGCAGCAGACCUGGACUUCAGGAGGGCGGAUUUCAAUGAGGUAAGGAGACUAGUCAGGGAGGCACUGACGUCCAGGAGGGGAAGGGAUUUGGGAGUCCAAGAUGAGUGGUCGUUCCUGAAGGAGAUGAUCCUCCAAGCUCAAAGGGUGACAAUCGCCACGCAGAUCAAAGGGAGCAAGAGUGCUCAAAAGCCCCCAUGGCUCACCAAAAGCACCCAGGAAUGUCUCAAAGCCAAAAAGGAGGCAUACACCCAAUGGAAGGGAGGGGCCAUCACCAAGGAGGAUUAUACCUCCAUUGCUUGAGAUUGUAGUGGAGCUGUAAGGAAGGCUAAGGUGGAGAUGGAACUGGGACUAGCAACCUGGAUCAAGGAAAACAAGAAGUCCUUCUUUAAAUACACAGGGGGUAAAAAGAAGGUACUGAGUAAUGUGGGGCCUCUGCAGGACAUGUUUGGAAAUCUGGUGGCCGCACCAGACGACAAAGCUAACCUCUUUAACAGAUUCUUUGCUUCCAUUUUUCUGAGCAGAGAUAGGGACAUCCCCACCACUGGGAUCCCGGAUGGACCCAGGGGAGGUGCAGCCAGGCCCAGGGUCAGUGAGGACCUAGUUAGGGAACUUCUGGUGGGUCUAGACAUGUUCAAGUCAGCAGGUCCUGAUGAUCUCCACCCCAGAGUACUGAGGUAAUUUGGCACAGGUCAUUGCAGGAUCCCUGGCACAGCUUUACAAGCACUCAUGGUGCUCUGGCAAGGUGCCAGAGGACUGGAAAAGGGCCAAUGUGGUCCCCAUGUUCAAAAAAGGGAGGAAAGCGGACUCAGGAAACUAUAGGCCUGUUAGUCUUACCUUGGUCCUGGGAAAGCUUUUUGAGAAAAUUAUCCAGGAUCACAUCUGCAAGGGACCAGCAGGGGAGGUUAUGCUUGUCGCAGUGGACAUAGUCUUUCUGGACUUUAGGAAGGCCUUCGACACCGUCUCUCACCCCAUCCUUAUUAAAAAAUUAGGUGACUGUGGUGUCGACACCUACACAGUCAGAUGGGUCACAAACUGGCUGGAGGACCACAUCCAGAGAGUGGUGGUGGACGGGUCUUUUUCGACCUGGAGGGAUGUGGGCAGUGGAGCUCCCCGGGGCUCAGUCCUCAGACCUGCACUGUUCAACAUCUUCAUCAGCGACUUGGACAAGGGGGUGAAAAGCACCUUGUUCAAAUUCGCAGAUGACACUAAGAUGUGGGGAGAAGUGGGCAGCUGGAGGAGAGAGACAGGCUACAACUAGAUCUGGACAGGUUACGGGGUGGGCGGAUGAAAACAGGAUGGGUUUCAACACGGACAAGUACAAGGUACUGCACCUAGGGAGGAAGAACCAGCAGCAUACCUACAGGCUGGGGAACUCCCUUCUCAUCAGUGCAGAGGCAGAAAAGGAUCUUGGUGUCACUACUGAUUCCAAGAUGAACAUGGGCCGCCAAUGUGGGGAUGCGGUCAGGAAGGCUAACCGCACCUUGUUGUGCAUCCACAGAUGCAUCAUGAGCAGGUCCAAGGAGGUGAUCCUCCUCCUCUACGUGACAUUGGUCAGGCCACAGUUGGAGUACUGGGUCUAGUUCUGGGCACUGCGCUUUAGGAGGGAUGAGGACAGCAUCGAGAGGGUCCAAAGGAGGGCUACUCGCAUGAUCAGGGGGCAGCAGGGCAGGCCCUACGAGGAGAGGCUAUGGGACCUGAACCUGUUCAGCCUCCACAAGAGAAGGCUGAGAGGGGAUCUGGUGGCCAUCUACAAACUGGCCAAGGGGGACCAGCUGGCAACGGGAGAGUCCCUGUUCCCCUGAGCACUACUGGGAGUAACAAGGAAUAAUGGCCAUAAGUUGACUGACAGUAGAUUCAGCCUAGACAUCUGGAGGCACUACUUCACAGUCAGGGCAGCCAGGAGCUGGAACCAACCUCCAAGGGAAGUGGUGCUCGCUCCUACCCAGGGGGUCUUUAAAAGGAGGCUAGACAUUCACCUAGCCAGGGUCAUCUGAUGCCAGCAUUCUUUCCUGCCCAUGGCAGGGGGUUGGACUCGAUGAUCUGAUUAGGUCUCUUCCGACCCUACCAACUAUGAAACUAUGGAUGCUAAAAUUGAUUUGGGACUUUUGUGCAUAUACCAGAGUUACCACGCUACAGUGCAGUGCAGGUCCUAUCUGAGUUACAGUUAAACUAGUUAGCUCACAUCCUGGUAGCCACAGAAGCACAAAGCUCAGCAUGGGCUGCAAAACAUGCUUGAGGAUCUGGUAGUAACAGCAGUACAGAUAUGCCCUAUUUGGCAGGACAGUCACCCUCUACUCACAAGGAUCCCAGGGCUGCAAUAGGAGGAACACUGGAGAUGGGGUUUGAGGUACUCUGGCUGAGUUGUUUAGUUGGAACAUGCCUUCCUGCACUACAUAUGUGCUAGCAAACUUCUUACCAAGCACUAAGUUCAACUGAACAAAUAUGGGUACAUACAUUCUAAUCUGCUUGCCUUCCUUGGCACCAGUGAUUUGUUUAAUAAAAUAUUAAUGAAGUAUAAUAGAAAAAUGAUUAUAGCUCUUUGGGAUGUGGUCAGAAUACCCCAUGUGUAUCUCAAGAAUGUGGAACCUGCAAAAAUAUCAAGCAAGGGAGAUAAUGCUGUAAGGCCCUUGUGCAGGUAUGGACUGGAAUGGCAUGAUGCAGGGAACUAUGUGAAUAAGGCAGGGCAGUAAAUCAUUGCCAGUCAACACUGCUGUAAAUAAGGUCAAGAGAUCUGCAGAACCAUUACAUGGGUACUUCCCCAGUUCCAGCCAGUGCAUCCAGCCGUAUUACAUUUGAGUGCAAUCCCAGUGAGUUAUUAUCCAAAGUCAAUUUACCAAGCCUUUUGUUUUAAGAAUCUUUAAACAAAGGAGGUGAACAAAGUCCUUUUUAAAGUAUAACCUCCAAUGGAAAAAUAAAUGCUGUCUGGAUAUGCUUCACAAAGCUGGCAAUAGCUAAAUCAGCAUUUCUGUAGGAACAAAAAAAAUUUAAUAUAAAUCCCUCCCCUCCUGUCUGGGAAACUGGUGCCUUAUGUCCCUUUAAUUAACUCUAGAAGGUCCAAUAACAGAGUUAUGACACUGCCGUUACUGGGAUUAUUUGUAAUUAAAAGCAACUUGAAAGUAACAUAAAAUAGCACGCACUGAAUGCUGAAAUAAAUGCAUGGGAUCAUAUUGAUUAAAGCUUCCUUAUCAUCAUUAAAACAAUGCACAGUUCUCUGCAUUUCACUGCCUGACAAAGACCUCAGAAACUUCUAGAACACAGACGAUUUUGCUAUGCAUUUUUUAUUAUCUAGGACGCUUCAAAUUAGAUCUAAACAUUUCUAUGUCUUAAACCCUAACUCUUGCUUCUGCAGUUUCAGGCCUAGUCCUCUUAUUCAUCCAAAUUCUUAAACUUCAGGAAAAAUGUAUAUUCUAUACAACAGAGGUAUCAAACCCAAAUUGGUUGGUAGGCCAUAUUCCUUGCUUUGCAGACCAUGUGAUCUGGCUGCGGUAGAUUGCCCACAAUACCCCAGAGUGGUCUAGCUCUUGCCAGGGCUCUGGCAGCGGCAGUGAGAAGUCCCCCCACCAUGAGCAGGGCCGCUGCUGUGUGGAGGGGAUGUCAGCACAGUCCGCAGCCAGAGGAUUAAUGCCAGGUUUGUGACCCCUUUCAUGCCCUCCUACUGCAGCCUCCACCACUCACCCCUGCCACUGAGUACUGCCAACUCCUGUGGCCACUAGCAAGAUGCAGUUAAUUUGGCAGUAGCUUCAGUAGGGGCUACACUUAUAUGUCCUCUUGCCUCUGCUCCUUCCCCUGCCCACUGCAGCGCUACCGGGACUAUCUGGGUAGCCACAGCGAGAUGCCAUAGAAGAUGAUGGUGGGCUGGAUGACCAGCCUUCACAGGUUGCAUGUUUGAUACCCCUGCUAUAAAUAAUGUAAUUUACACUUAAAUCUUAACUUCUCUGCAAACUCUCAAACUUUCUUGGGGGGAACUCACAACAGGUACCUCCAGUUUUUUCUCUUGAAACAGGAAUUUAACCUCAUAGCUCAUUAUCAUUCUCCUGAUUUCUGCUAAUUUUUCUACACUCCACAGGUGUUAACGAUCCUCUAUCCUUUUUAACAGUCUUGAUGUUUCACCAUUCUAUGCUUGCUCCUGCAGUUUUGCUGUCUGUUAGCCAUUCCUGGCAAUGUCUCUCAUCUAUUUCACAGCUCUGCAGACUGCCUUUAGCUUUGCCUAAAAACCUUAACUUAGGUGGAGUAGUAUUAACUCAGGUGUAGAAAUGACUAACAGUUAAGUAUUGGAGGUGCUGUCAAAGCACUCAAACUUUUGUUUUAUGCACCUGAAUUAAACUUGCAUUUAACUGUAAUGACUACAGGACUAAUGACUUUUAACUACUUUUUGCCUAGUUCAUUCAUUUUUUUAAAUGGCCAUAGUAGCUAGCAAAUUAGUGCACAUUCCAGAAGUGCAAUAGUGCACAUUCCAAUUUGUUUUUGCCUUGAUCUUCAACUGAAAAAUAUAGUGCUAGCCCCCUAGCAUAUUAGCAAAACAUUUAUAGUUUCUCUUUAACUGGAGAAAAAUGUGUUGUGUUAUAUCAUUGUGCACCACACCAUCUGCACCCCCCUUCAAAAUCCUAGAUCUGCCUAUGGGCAUGACUAUUUUAAUUUCUCAUUUUGUUUCCCUUUGGGGAUUGCUUUGCUUUGCUGAUUUGUGGGACAGCAAAAUAUUUGUCACUGAUAUAAUAAAGAACAUGUUAAAAAUAGAAGAGAAAAGGAUUCCUUAGGGUUAUAUCUUUUAUUGGACCAACUGUAUUUGCUGGGAGAGUUGGACAUCUUUUUGAAUACAAGACCUUUUUUUUCAGGGUGCCUGAUAAAGUUACCUGACAAAGGAUAUCUUGCAUUUGAAAGCUUAUCUAACCUUUUUCCAACUAUAAAGUUGAUCCAAUAAAAGAAAUCACCUAAGAAAUCCUUGCAUCUUGCAUAAUUCCUGGACCACCAUGGCUAGAACAUCAUUCUAACACUACCACAAAAAAUUGAAUAAACUGGGGAACUUUUAGGGAACGAUCUAGCUACAGAAACAAGUUAUUCUCAACUACACCUAAAUGUAGACUCUCACUACACAUGGUUAGAGACCUCAGAAGUCCUCCAUUUGAACUAGUUAGUUCCUGUGAAGCACAGGACUGGGAGUCCGGACAAUCUAUCAGCACUGAACCUCACUCUGGCUGACUCCACUUUCUAGUUCUGGUUAAACUAUUUAACCUUUGAACCCAGUUUUUUUUUCCUAUCUAUAAAAUAUAGUUAAUGAUUCCUGCGCCUAACUUAGGGAUUAAGACUUGCUUGUUCAGGUGCUUUGAAGCCUAUAAUGAUUCUCCAGUAGUUCUUAGUUCCUUUUUCUGUAGGCCACAAAAAAUUGUUUCUUAUGUUUCACUACCAUAUAGCCUGGGCAGAACUGUUGCGAGCCUCACAUCCACCCACUCAGCUGCAAUUACAAGAUUGGGGCCUUAGAUGUUAGGAGCUCUUAAAUGAAUGACAUUUAACAGGUAGUUAAGAGCUUACAGCAGGUAGACUCCUGGUGUAGCAGGAUGUCUUAUCUAACUAAGUCAAGUCAAAGACUUCUCAUGCUACAUGCAUUAGACUGCUGUCAUAGAUACAAGAAUGCAGCUAUUUUACUACUGAAUUGGAUGUCCUGUCCAUAGGGGGCAGUGGUAAGGGGUCAGGGAGAGGGGGGAACAUUUUGAAUAUCUGACUGCCCAGCAUAAGGCUCUCCAUGAUAUAUAAUCCAGAUACACUUGUGUUAUACUCCAGUCCCUGUUUAUUUUAAAACUAUCAUGAGCCUUCCUAGCUCAUCUAUGUCAACCCAUGAAAAUUACAUGACCCCUGCUGACAGAGCAUGCUUCUUUUUGACUGCUCUUCCCAGCCAUAUCUUACCAGAAGCAGAAUUGUCUUCCCUCGCUGCACUGCUGGAACUUCUAACCAUGGAUAGAGAGUCUGUGCCUGCAAAACUGGUACAAUGUGUUGUGUCCAAAGCUCAUGCAUUUUCCUGAAUGCCAGCCAGGCCUAAUCAAUGACAGCUGGACUGUAGCUUAAAACCACAUCUAUAAAAAGUAGAAAAAAUACACUUGUGUUUCUGCUGCUUUUCGAAGCAUCCCUGUGCCAGCUCCUUCACUGUUUCUUACCCUACUGUGGCUUCUAAUGAUCCAUGCUCCUGCUGAGCAGUAUCAUAGAACUCACAGUGGGUCAGAUCCUGACACCGGUGGUAAGCCCAUGUACAGGGGCUACACCCAAGGGUUCCCUGCAGAGGCACAGAGGAGAGAGAAUGCUCCACGUCAAGUCAUGGGGCAUGAAGUAGAGUUACCAGUACUAAAUCUUGGGGUUGCAGCAUGGAGUCUUUGAGCCUGUAUGAGUGCCAUGGAUAGCCUAUAGAAAGAUCUGUGGUGGAAGGGGAUGGUACCACCAUUGACUGAAUGAAAUGGGUCUAUGCAGGAAACUUGCAAAACACUCGCUCCGCUUUCUACCCUGCUCUAUGCUGUCCUUUCACAGUAUCUGAUGAAGUAAACCUGAGUUUACAAAAGCUUGUGCUUUUUCUAUAUCUUAUUGAGUUAGCUUAUAACGGUGCAUAUCUAUCCUGCCUUCUGCCUGACUGCAGAUUAACAUGGCUAUCUACUGCUCUCUGCUCAGGAAUCCUCCCCCACAGGCUAUGGCAUAAAGGAGACCAUCAUAGCUAUUAGAUUUUAUAGUAGUCCAAGGUCAUCAUCACUUCCACUGGGUGAAAAAAGACUGAAGGAUCCAAAUAGCUGCAUCCCUUUCACAUCCCAUUUCUAAUCCUACUGCAUGAUAACAUGAAGGGGCCCUGGAAGAGCUGAGCUCUGCUUGGUUCCCUGAUCUUCCCUUCACUUGCAGCUUUAUCUACUGUGUUACAAGAAGGCAUUUCCUCCACAUAGAAGAAGGGCUAGUGGUUAUACCUUGCUGAAGCAACUGCACAGUUCAGAAAGAAAUUCUUCUCAUUUGAGUCAACUAAAGCAGUGGUUCCCAACCUUUUUAGACCAUGGACCAGCAAACUGCAGUAUGUCGGUCACUUCCAGACUUCCGGUCUGGCAGCCAACCCUUAUACCGGGUCAUGGCCCGGGGGUUGGGAACCUCCAAGCCAUGAGUGACUGGUACCUCCUGAAUCUGGUGGGCACCUGCAGAAGCUGCUGAUGGCGGUGGCCCUGUCAGGAGGGGGGGCACCACCCCUACCGACAGCAUCAGUGUCGGCCAUCGGGGGAAGUGGGCACCGGCCCCAUCGGGGGGCCAUGUGUACUUCAAUGCAACCCCCUACCAGUUGCCUAUGCUCUGAACUAAAGGAUUAAGAUACUCAUGGGGUGGGAGACAUCUUGGAAAAAGAUACUGUUUGCUACUAUGUCUGUGUCUUGGUAAAAUAACUUAUGUGAAAUGUUCCCUAUCAAACUGACCUUUUGUCAGCAAAACAAUUAUUUAUAUGAAAAUAAAAAAAAAAUACCACAAAAAGCUCUGCUGAAUUCUGUGGACUUAUUAUCUUCAUUACUGGAAACCUACAUGCCUUAAUUGUUGUAACAUUUAGUGGAUUAUACCAAGAUUAAUAAUUUGAUAAGAUGUUUGUGUUUUCCUGCCGCUACAAAAUCCCCUAAAAUUAUAUGCUGAACUGCACGAAUCUCAUCCAAGCCUCAUAAGGAAGCCAGCGCAGCCUUU